GUUUUUUCGGACGCCAUUGUUGAGGAAGAGGAGAAAGCGGGCGCCAUCACCAAGGGAGAGGAGAAAGAUAGCAGAUGGCAAAGAAAGGAGGACAAACGUGGCAAAGGAGUAAGGGUAAAACGGGUUGCUGGAAAAAAUGGAUUAAAAUUCAAAAUUUAGGUGGUUGGUUGUUCGUUAUGGAGAAAAGGUGUAUGAUAUUCCCGUGAAUGAUCCUUUGUUUUAUGGAAUGAACAAACUAUUGGAGGACCUGGAAAAGCAGAUGGAUAACGAAGGUUCUCCUUUUCCCCCUAAUCCAAUUUUGAGGUACUUCUGUUCCUAUACCUUGAAAAUGGUGGAGUUGGACCGUUUGAACCUGACUCUUAUGUUUAUAAUGUGUAAGGACACCGAUAUUAAUAUAGUUCUUGAGGAUGGCGUUGAGCCCAAUGCAUCAGUGUUACAUUUUCUGGCCGAAAAAGAAAGAAAGGCAGCAGAGAAGUUAAAAAAGUUGAAGCAAUUAGAGGAAGAACGUAGGAAAAGAGAAAUGGAUGAAGAGUUCUUGAACUUUUAUGAGAGUUGUAGUUUAGGGGACUCUAAUUCCCCCAUUGAAAUUGCUGAAGUGAAGCUUGUAGCUACUGGUUAUAAUAUUGAGAGUGAUGAUGAAGGUGAAAAUAUUUAUUUUAAUAUUUUCCCAAAUGUCCCUUGGAACCCGCAUCCUCCAACUCCACCUCAGCCUUCUACACAUGGCACACCUAGUUCUUCUUGCUCUGCUGACCCAACUCAUUCUUCUGCUUCCCAUGACCCAUGUCAUGCUUUCCAGGAUGGUCCUAUUGCCCAAUUAUGUUAUGAAGAGAGUGACGAAAUUCCUCCUACUGAUCCACCAAAGACUCCUAGGAGAAAGAACUUUGCUAAAAGGACAAAGAAGGGAAAAAAGCAACAACCAAUUGCUAUGAGUUUAAUUGUGGGGAUGGUCUUCGAUGACAAAGAACGUCUACGUGAGAUUUUGACAGAUUUCUGUGUUCAAGAGAAGUUUAAUAUGAAAACGGUAAAAGCGGAAAGUAAUAGAUACACAGUCAAGUGUGCUGACAAAAAAUGGAGAUGGAGAGUACAUGCCACUCCGAUACCUGAUGAUAGUAAGUGGUUAAUUAAGACUAUGCAGCCGCUUCAUAGUUGUAAGAAGUUGCUGCGCAGUAGAAUGGCUGGCGUACGGUGGCUUACUACCCAUUUGCUUGAGGACGUUAGGGCUAACCCUAAUGUGGAAGUAGCAGAAUUGGUUGUACUUGCUGAUCAGCGGUUUCAAGAAAAAGUGCCAGUCCCCACAAUGUACAAAGUGAAGGCCGCUGCUCUGCGAAAGAUACAGGGGUAAUUUGCCUAGUAGCUAGUUUAAGAAAUAAUAUUGUCAUUUAAAUUCUCUGAAUUACUUUGCUGGAUUUAAAUUUUUUGGAUAACAUUGAUAUUUGGUAGAUGUAAUAUUUAUAGAUAAUUUACUAAUUAAUAUUCCAUCCUUGCACAAAUAGAUGUAUUACAUCUUCAAUAUUAUGGAUGUAGUUU